CAUUCGCUCGAAGCUGACGUAUGUCGGCGGGAUCAUCGCGAAGACAUGAUCUGUCGAAUGCGCUUUUGCUUUUUCAACUAUCCUUCAAUUCGCCGGUCUGUUCCUCGUACCCAUGUUCGGCCCGCCCCAUGGGGUUACUUGGGAUCCCUAUUCACUGGUUCAACUGGUUCAAUCCUGUCUUCUUUUGUCUUUAACCAUGGGUUCGGCUUUCACACCUCAAGUCUACUGUCAUUCCGCUGCAUCAUCCUUCCUUCGGGAGGGGCGACAGACUUAUUCUCGAGUUUCAGCGGUGAUGGGAUGGCUUUGUGGCGUGCAUGUUCCUUUCCCGGAUGACGGGAUUACGCACAAGACAGGUAGAUCUAGAAGGAUCAUAUUGAUGACGGGUGAAGGACUCAUGGAAGCUGUGGUUGUCUUGGUUUACUGCGAUUGGCGUACGAACAAGAAGGUGGUUGGGAAGUUGCCAGGAGCGUGUUCCAGACCUCGAGCGACGGCUGAGUGGUCAACGACUUUUUCUGGACUGGAUGCGACUUCCGUGACGUACGUCGUGGAGACGGUGAUGGGGUGGUGUGCGAGUGUGGAUGGAUGGUCCGAGUUGUGCGAACGACAAGGAUAGUUCAAUGAGUGGCUGGGUGAAAGUGCGUGUGCCACCCUUCUGGCGCGGUGCGCGACGGUUGGGAUUGGUCCCAGUGGGGAAAGCUUUUUGCUUCAAAAGUGGAUGAGCCUAGUCCUUUACGGGCACUGUGGGUUAGCGGCAGUGAGGACAAGUGGCGAAGGCUGAUAACCUCGUGACCCAUGGAGUCCAACAAUUUUUUGCAUAUUCCCGUCUUCGUGACGGUUGUCUUUUCAUUUGUUUUCAUCUACGGCGUUCACCGCACCAUAAUCAUGUUCUGGGUAUAGCAUCAGGUUAUACUACAAUUUGUCCGUUGAUACAAAUACC